UCCAGGGCUCAGAAGGGGCUGCCUCAGAAGGUGCUGUGAUUUGGCCCGGUCAAAGUCCUGUCGGGGUCUGUCUGUCCAACCUGGUACCCGCUGCCCACUGCCGUCCAACUGGCCUAGAACUGGCAAAACCCAGGCUGGAGGAACGAUGUGCUGGCUGCGGGCAUGGGGCCAAAUCUUUUUGCCAGUUUUCCUCUCCCUCUUUUUCAUUCAACUGCUUAUCAGCUUCUCUGAGGAUCAUUUUUCCCACGUCUCCAGACAGAGGGGAAAACAGAGAUCAAAGUCUUUGGAUGAUGCAUGUACUAUAAAGAAAAAUUGUCAAUUAUGCACAGAAGAUAAGAAAUGUUUUUGGUGCAGUGAAGAAAGCACUUGCAAAAAAAUGUGUUUUCCAUCUUUCGGGUGUCAAUUCAGUUCUGUAUAUUGGGCAAACUGUAGAGUUGACAUGUUUGGAUUCCUGAUGAUUCUACUCAUCAUAAUAUUAAUUACAGCAUUCGUUUGGUAUUUCUGCAUCUGUCAAACUCAAGUCUGUGUUCCUGGAAGACCAGCCACAUUUUAUAUUCACCGUGGCCCUACUGCUGACUAUGAUGAAUAGAUAACUGGAAAAGAUAGAUUUCCAGAGGGAGAAAGAGGGUUUCUUCAACGGCUUCCUUCAGGAUUUUAAUCAUCCUUACAGCUUCUUUGAAAAUGAUUGAACUUUCAAAUUCCCUUAAGUUAAAAUUUUGAAUUCUACUGAACAUUUUUGUAGAGUAUUUCAUUACUUUUACAUUAGGACUUGCUCAGUAAUUUGAGAUCAUAAGGGUUGAAAAAGCUCUUGAGACAAGAUUUUAUGGUUAAUUUAAAAACUUUUUAAAAACUUCUGAAUAAUCUCCUUCCUAGCUAGUUUUACAAUAUUAAUGUUCUUUCUUUUAGAACAUAAUGUGGUAUAAAUAUAGAAUGUUCAAGCAUCCAACAUGUAAAUUUACAUAUGGCCUAGGGAUUGAAGGCUAAACUCAAGAUUAUGUACGACGUUGUUUUCUUAUCAGUGUUACCAGUCAGUAAACACUCGAAUUCUAAUUUUGUUCAAAUUUAUUGUAACCAAAAAAAAACCACAAAAAACCCUGCUUCCCUAUUUAAAAUCUUCCCUAGAAUAGCAAAUCUGAGGUAAUGAUGGAUAUCAUUAGUAUCUGUGUUGAUGACACUUGGGGUGGUUUAACCAAAACACAUUUUUAACACUAUAGAUACUUUAAAAGAGGUGAAGACUCUUAACAAUUUAAGAAAAAUACUAGAGGAUUUUUAGAGCAAAAUUUUGCCGGGCUUCUUUUCAAUAUCAGGUAGUGUCCUCAUUAAAAUUCAGUAAUGUUUUGAUCAGCCUCAUUCCUCAGUUGUAAACACAGUGCUGGUUCUAAGAUUGUGAGCAGACAGAUGGGGCCCAGGAAGUUCAAGUUUUAUUAAACUUGUUACAGACUGAAGCUUUAUUCUCAUAAUUCUAGGUAAAGGUGUGGAAAAUUUUUGAAGAAUAACAGGAGUACUUGUUUUCCUGUUUGUAAGAUUACCAUUUGCCAGGUUUAAAUAUAUCUUUUUUUUUUAAGAUUUUU